AUGUCGCUGGUCGAUUAUCCAGAUUCCGCCUCGGAUGAUGAUGAUAAGAGCCUCGAUGCCUCUGCCCAGACGGCACAAUCUGCCGCCAAACCUACAUCGAAGCGCAAGCACAGCGCCUCUGGGGAUGCCCUGCCACCGCUUCCGCCAGCCUUUCACGACCUCUACGCGACAAAUGCGCGCGUCAGCACUAGCGACAACCCAAGCCUACACGGUGGACGAAAACGGGCUGUACCUCACAUCGAGGGCAAGUGGCCUAGUCAUGUUUACUUAGAGUGGACACCUACACAGCCUGAGUCUGAUGCUCUACACAGCCUACUGCAGCAUGUGAGAGAUACUAUUGAUCUUGAAAAUGCCAAGCGAACGAAGAAACUGCCUGUACCAGAGAUCAUACCAUCUCUUCAGUCAGAACUGGGUGCGUCGCUACCUCUUCAUGUGUCGUUGUCGCGGACCCUGCAGAUCAACACCGACAGCAGAGAACCUUUUCUGGAAUCAUUAAGUGUUGCUGUGAGGCGAUCCGCAGUGCGCGCUUUCAAUUUUGAGUUUCAGAACUUGAAGUGGGUGUCCAACUUUGAGCGCAAUCGAUGGUUUCUAGUCCUGGGCAUUAAGAAGUCCGCGCUCAACGAACUUAACCGCCUGCUACAAGCAUGCAACGACGCGACCCAAUACAGCGGUCAUCCAGGUCUGUAUACAGGCGGAGUGGGAGACGGUCCGAAGGAGAGCCAUGACUCUAACGACGGUCCGAAGCGGAGGAAGGUCGACAAGAAUGAGCCUCAAAGCCAUGAUUAUUCGCAAUAUUUCCACGUCAGCAUUGCUUGGAACCUGGCUGAGCCUGACCCUGAGUGGGUUGCUCUGGUCCAGGAUAUCGACACCAGUAAUUGUACUACUUUCCGCUUUGCUCACGCCCUGCAUUUACCAUCGAAGAACUUGUCGUCGCCAGAGAACCGUGAACAUCUAUCCAAGUCCAUCAAGACACCAGUCAGCGACUUGCAACCCCCUUGGAUAGCCAUGGGAUCAAUCAUGAAACCCUUUCGACCCAAGAUUGGCCUAGUUGGCGCUGGCCCUGCCUCUCUAACCCUCGCCAACAUCCUUCAGAAGCACUCUAUCCCCUUCAUCAUCUUCGAGUCCGCGUCAGAACUCCGCACGCAAGGCGGCUCUCUGGACCUCCACCCAGAAUCCGGUCAGCUCGCCAUCAAAGAAGCAGGGCUAUGGGAACCGUUCGCCAAACAUGCACGUCCAGAGAGCGACUGCAUGAAGGUUGUGACUUUGGACGGAGAGGUACUCUGGGAUGAGAAUGGCGCUGACAAGCAAGACAUCAAAGAAGAUGAGAAGUUUGAGGGAAGGCCUGAGAUCGAUCGAAUGGCGUUGGCGACACUGAUGUUCGAGAACCUGGAGGAGGGGUCCGUACAAUUCGAAAAGAAGUUGAAAGAAGUUGUGCCCUGUGAUGAAGGAGAGGGGAAAUACGAUCUGCACUUCUCAGACGGCACGAAAGAGUCCGGAUUCGAUCUUGUGGUCGGGGGAGAUGGCGCGUGGUCCAAGGUUCGCAAACUUCUCACCGACCAAAUGCCACAGUACUCAGGUAUAGCUUCUAUCGCAGUGUCGUGCAAAGACAUCGAGGCCGAUCCCUGGCUGCUUGAUUACGUCGGCUCGGGCUCGAUGUUCGCUUUUGGGGAGGGUUGCGCGGUGCAGUCACAACGGCAAGGUGACGGUAGCCUAGGGACGUACGCCAGCGUGCAUGCACCAGAGGAUUUCCUGCAGACCUGUGGCAUCGAUUGGGACAACAAAGCGACGGCGCGCAACACUUUUGUCGACCGCUUCCUCUCUCAUAUCCACGAUGAUCUCAAGCGUGUCAUCCUGUCCUCUGAUGAAGACAGUCUCAUUCCUCGUAAACUUUACGAGCUGCCAGUUGGAUUUCGCUGGCCAUCUCGCUCAGGCGUUACGCUUAUCGGCGACGCUGCGCAUGUCUUCACACCGUUUGCUGGGCUAGGAGUUAACACGGGCAUGAAAGACGCGUUGGUCUUGGGCAAGGAGAUUGUCAAAGUGUGCCGUGGAGAGAAAUCUCUGGAUGCUGCUGUCAAGGACUACGAGGAGGAAAUGUUUCCACGGUCCACAAAGGCGGCAGUCAAAACGGUAAAGGGGAAAGAGGGGCAUUUCAGUCAAGAUGGAGCUAGGCAUUUUGCCGAUAUGAUCAAAUCGAAGUACUACAGGCAGGAUGAGGUCGUUGCGAAGUAG